AUGGAGGAGGAUGAGGACGACGAUGACGCGUCGGAAGCUGAAGAAUUUGAGUUCAGGCCUGAUGUGCUGUUUAAGCGAGGUUCAAGGUAUUCUGUUCGGGAAUUAGUUGCUUUGGACACUGCUGCAACUCAUACCACAUUGACAUUGUUAAUCGAUCUUCUGCUAGAAACAGAUGCAAGCCUUGCUAGGAUUGCAAGAAAUAAUGGAAAGACAGUUUUGCACUCAGCAGCAAGAAUGGGCCAUAUGGAGAUGGUCACUGCACUGUUAAAUAAGGAUCCAGGGAUUGGUUGCAGAAUAGAUAAGAAGGGACAAACAGCUCUACACAUGGCUUCAAGAGGCCAAAAGUUUGGGACCAGCUUUUAG